CCUCGACCUCCUGGUCAGCAUCAACAUGAUGCACAUCGCGGAGCUGCCCUGCACCGAGGGCCUGUUCAAAGGUGCUGGGGUGCUGCUGAAGCCUGGAGGUGUACUCUUCACUUACGGGGUGGGUACUGCUCGGCGGAGCAUCCUG